AUCCGCUAGGGAAGGGCUACCUGAUCCGGGAGAAUGGAACCUACCGAAACGACCUUGGGUAGAUAGGGUCAGCGCAUUGCGAAACAAUGGCUGUCGAUAGCCUCUCAAAUAUCCAUGGUUGCUCCAGUCAUCCCCUUUGGGCGUAGACCGCCGUCGGCCUUCUGUUUGCAAAAAAAGAAAGCCAAGAGACACGGGUUUCAACCACGACAACGCGGGCCAGACGUGACCUUCCACAUGGGUGCUGGGUGCUUGGGUAGCCCUGAAACCUGGGUCCCGCCAUGUCUCGUCUCGUCGCUUUGGGUCUGCGUCAUCUCUUCUUGUCUUGGGUAGCUGCAGAAGGGGGAAUGUGGAACGAAUGGAGAACUCGAAGAUCCGGUCCGCAUAGGAGAGCAACUUUGUCCACCCCGCGAAGG